AUCCAAAAUUUUAUCCAGAACCGAACAUAACCUUAAAAAUGGCGCUCAUGUAAUCAGUGGUGUCGUCCCAGAAACGAAAGAGAAAUUAGUGUAGUUUUCUCAGUUUUUCCGCGAAUUUUCUACCAAAAAUCGAGUGUGCCCUAUGAAAAAUGUAUUCAGGCAAUGCAGCAACGCUUAGAAGAAUAGAUGUCCUCACCAGGAUUUUGCGUGGGAAACCGGAUAAAAGUGCUUCUAGAUGCCUUUCCGGAAUCAACAAAGUAACAAUUGAUGGGGUGUCCAAGGACAUCAAACCGUCUCCCAAUCCUGAAUAUAUCCCAAGGCAGUACUUGCGUCAGGAUGCUGAAGGAUAUCUCGAUGUCUCACAGACAAUCCUCCAUCAUAUGCGAUGGAUGCUGCAAAAGGACAACCUCGGACAGGAUAUCUUUCUGUUGGGACGUCCAGGGCCUCUACGGCGGAACGUCGCAAUGCAAUUUAUUGAGCUGACACAGCGAGAAUUGGAAUAUGUAUCGCUCUCCAGGGACACCACGGAGAGUGACUUGAAGCAGAGGCGCGAGAUUGAGGCGGGCACAGCAAAAUACCAUGAUCAGUCAGCUGUUAGAGCUGCUAUCCACGGAAGAGUCCUCGUAAUUGAGGGCGUAGAGAAGGCUGAAAGAAAUGUCCUUCCUGUCCUCAACAAUCUCCUCGAAAAUCGCGAAAUGAACCUCGAAGACGGAAGACUUCUAAUUCCAGCAGAAAGAUACGACAAACUUCUGGAACAAUAUGGGACUGAAGAAUUGACUCGAUGGGGUCUCGUGAGGGUAUCUGAGGACUUCCGGGUGAUAGCUCUGGGAUUGCCAGUGCCAAAGUACCGUGGAGCCCCAUUGGAUCCGCCACUGAGGUCACGCUUCCAGGCCCGUGAUGUCACGAAUCUUUCGUACCAGGAAAUGUUCAGCUCAAUGCGACGAGCAGCCCCAAAUGCUGACCCAGAAAAAUUGAGGCAAAUCCUGUCUUUUGGCUUUGCCAUCCAACAAGCUGAUGCCAAAACCAAUUUGCCUGAUUUUCCCAUUGAUAGUGUCUACAGUGCAGCUAAAAUCUUGGGCAACAACAAAUCUCUGAAUACCUUUGAUAUCAUCUACCGCUUAUAUCCCUAUCGAUCGUUUUUGCCCAAAGAGAGCUUUGAGACAGUUAAUACACUCCUGAAAUCUCUCAAUAUCUCCGAAGGUGGCAUUCCUGCUGGUCAGGAAGUAACUAAUGUGCUCUCAGAGGCUGAUUCAAUGGCCAGAGUGACAAUUUCUUCGGCUCGUUUGGGAGCUGUGGAUAUUCUUGUGCCAUCGGGUGGCCGGAAGUAUUCUCUGGAUAAUCCAAUGGGGAGAUUUGUGGGGACGGGAUAUCAGAGAAAUUUGCUGGCUGAGGUGAUGCAGAGUUUUGCAGUGGGAGAUGUUUGUCUUGUUGGUCCAAAGGGAUGUGGGAAGUCAGCUCUGGUGCUGGAGUUGUGCAAUCUCUUGGGCCAAUCGGCAGAAUCAAUGGUACUGUACCAAGAUAUGACGGGAAGGGAUUUGAUUCAGCAGCGCACAACAAAACUCAAUGGGGAUACCAUUUGGAGGGAUUCUGCCCUUUUGAGGGCUGCUCUGUCUGGCCAUGUGGCUGUUCUCGAUGGUAUCCAUCGGAUUCACAGCUCAACUGUUUCUAUUCUGCAUCGUCUGGUGCACGAUAGGGAGCUGCAGCUGUACGAUGGGAGGAGAUUGGUAGGGCAUGAGAGAUAUGACAAUCUCCUGGCCAUGGGAGCUACUCCGGAGAGUCUGGAAGCCAAAGGGGUUCUGAGGAUUCAUCCGUCUUUUAGGAUUGUAGCUCUGGCAGAACCACCAAUUCUCGAUGCUGGAGCCAAUUGGCUCUCACCGGAAAUGCUGAGUUUGUUCAUUUUUCACGAAGUUCGAAAUCUCAGCCAAAAGGAAGAGAUUCACAUUAUAAAUAGUCUCUAUGGGGAGAUUGGACCAUCUCUCGAAAAGAUCCUCAAUGUAGCUCAGUUCUUGCGGGAUUCCAAGGAUCCCAUUAUGAGAAGUCUCGGAGGGACACUGUCCACGAGGCAACUCUUGAGAAUUGCUCACCGGAUGUCAGUUUAUCCGCCGGAAAAGGUUGGAAUAUUUGCUAAACCUGUUGAGCAUCCACUGAAUUCGGCAUAUGAGACAAUUCAGAGGACUUUUCUGGCCAAAUUUCUGCCAGCUCUGCCCAGGGCAACACUUGAGAAUGUCCUGGAUCGCUUUAAGAUCCAUCCAAGGCUGGACACUGAGGGUUUGAUGGAGAAGAGUGGGAUUGAAGUGGAGAAUGGGAAAGUGAAGAUUGGGAAGACAGAGACGGAGAUUUAUCGGACGGAUGCUGUGACAAAAGUUCCGGAUAUCCUGUUUUAUGAUGUUCCUCAGCAUGUUGUGUUGAUGGAGCAUCUUCUGCAGGAUUUCCUCAUUGGAAAUCACUUGCUUCUGGUGGGCAAUCAGGGAGUUGGGAAGAAUAAAAUUGCCGAUAGAUUGCUGCAAUUGAUGAAUCGCCCGAGGGAGUAUAUUCAGCUGCAUAGGGAUACAACAGUGCAGACUCUAACGCUUCAGCCGGCCAUAAAGGAUGGAAUUGUGACGUAUGAGGAUUCACCGUUGGUCAAAGCGGUCAAAAAUGGGCAUGUUCUGGUUGUGGAUGAAGCUGACAAGGCACCAACUCAUGUUACUUGCAUCCUCAAGACUUUGGUGGAGAAUGGCGAGAUGAUUUUGUCUGAUGGACGAAAAAUUCUCCCAGCUGCAAUGGCUAGGGAUCAACCAGUAUCAGAUGAUGUCAUUUAUGCCCACAGAGACUUCCGCAUGAUUGUCCUGGCCAAUCGUCCAGGAUUUCCCUUCCUAGGCAAUGAUUUCUUUGCUGCUCUCGGGGAUCUCUUCAGUUGUCACUCCGUGGACAAUCCCUCAACGGAAUCUGAGAUCUUUCUGCUGCAGCAGUAUGGACCGGAUGUCCCGAGAAAUGUCCUGGACACUCUCGUUAGAGCCUUUGCAGAACUUCGAUCAAUGGCAGACAUUGGUCAGUUGAGCUAUCCCUACAGCACAAGGGAAGUGGUCAAUAUUGUCCGGCAUCUGCAGAAGUUCCCGCAGGAAGACAUGUCAGAGCUCAUUGGGAAUGUCUUGGACUUCGAUAGAUACUCUCCCGAAGCCCUGGAGCUCGUAACGAAUGUUCUGCAGAAGCACGGACUCCCAAUUGAGGGUUAUGCUCGACACGAGAUGGCAGCACUGAGGAAGAAGCGGGAGAUUCAGUUGACGGUGCAGAGUAAGAGUGGGAAGGAUGUUUCCGGACCGAAGCACGGGAAAAUUGACAAGGACAAUAAACCUCAUGUCGGAGGGAAUAUAUGGGCGGGAGGAAGUGGAGGAAGGGAUACAGCUGGACUAGGCGGAAAAGGUGGACCCUAUCGUCUAGAUUCCGGCAAUCCUGUCCAUCAACUCUCCGACGAAGAGAAAGAUGACAUUCCCGAUGAAGUGAAGAAAGCAGCGCGAGAGAUGAAUCGCCGGGCAUUUGAGGAGCGUCUCAGGGAGAUCAAAAUGUCCACGUACGACCACACCGUUUAUGAGCAAUUCAGUCAGCCUGUGCAAAAGCAAGUCCAGGAGCUCAGAGUCAUCCUCAAUGCUCUCCAGGCCAAAAGUAAAGAGCGUCAUUGGCAGAAGCAUCAGACAACAGGAGAAUUGGACGAUACGAAGCUAGUGGAGGGAAUAACAGGAGAGAGAAAUAUCUACAGGAGGCGAGCAGAGCAGGAACCCGAACCAGGACAACCUCAAGAGAAACCCAAACGCCUAAAGCUAGUCGUGGAUGUAUCAGGUUCCAUGUACAGAUUCAAUGGGUACGAUGGACGCCUGGACAGAGAGAUGGAGGCUGUGGUUCUGGUGAUGGAAGCCUUCGAAGGAUUUGCCCACAAAGUGGAGUACGACAUUGUUGGACAUAGCGGAGAAACCUACUUUAUUCCCUUUGUCGACCCUAAGAAACCGCCACGCGACGACAGAGUGCGCCUCGAGACCAUCAAAAUGAUGCAUGCUCAUGCUCAGUACUGCUGGUCCGGAGACCACACUCUCCUGGCCACUAAUCACGCCGUGGAUCAGCUGGCCCAGGAGGAAUGCGACGAGGCUAUUGUAGUGGUCCUCAGCGAUGCAAAUCUCCAACGCUAUGGGAUUUCUCCUGCGAAAGUGGCCCAGGCUCUGCAGAAGCGAGAGCCCAAGGUGCAGGCCUACGUCAUCUUCAUCGGUAGCAUCGGAGAAGAAGCAGAAAUAAUCAAUCAAAGUAUGCCACCAGGAAGGAGUUUUGUCUGCAUGGAUUUAGCUCAAUUGCCACAGAUUCUAAAACAAAUCUUUACAUCUUCCGUGCUCUAUCAAAGUGCACUAUAAAGUUUAUUGCAAAAUAGGACAAUUUUAGGUGAAAUUGACCAAGAAAUGCAUUUAUUUAGAGAGAAUUCUUAUUUUAUAUGAAAGGGGUGAAUGAUAAAUAAAGUUGUUACUUUGUUACAAAAAAAAGAAAGAAA